AUGUUCCACCGACCAAGGUCCUCGACCUCACAGAGCACCUCUGCGUCCACGUCUUACGGAUAUGGUGACUAUAAUACCAUCACUACGUCCCGUCCAGGUACCCGCAGAAACACAGGUAGGCCCUCGACUGCACGACCAAGAACCGGUGCCUCUACUAUCGCUAGAGUCGAGGCUCAGAAUGUUGUCUGUGCUAUUGCCGAAUCUCGGGGGAUUUCACCUACCGUCGGUCUGGCCUUCGUGAACCUUGACACAGCAGAAGCAGUGCUCUGUCAAAUCUGCGACAGCCAGACUUUCGUCCGAACUGUCCAUAAACUGAAGGUCUAUGGCCCUUCCGAGAUUCUGAUCGUCUCUACUGCAGCGAGUCCUAGGUCGAAGCUCUACUCUAUCAUUGAAGAGAAUCUUGAGGAUAUCGGCAGCAAGUUGACUCUACUUGAUCGGCGCUAUUGGGCUGAGUCGACUGGAUACGAGUAUAUUCAAUCUCUAGCUUUCAAAGAGGAUGUUGAAGCUAUCAAGGUCUCCGUCACUGGCAACUACUACGCAGUGUGUUGCAUGGCAGCAGCGCUCAAGUACAUUGAUCUGGGUAUGGGUCUGGUCUUCUCCCUUCACUCGCUCCGGAUGAGAUAUGAACCAUCAGAAGGGUCGAUGAUGAUCGAUGUGUCCACUAUCUACUCGCUCGAACUGGUCCAAAAUCUCCGUGAUCCGAAGUCAAAAGAUUGUUUGUUCGGCCUUCUUAACGAAACGUCGACUCCUAUGGGCGCACGGCUCCUCCGGAGUAAUAUUUUACAGCCACUUACUGAUCCAGAAGUACUCAACACGCGAUACGCUGCAGUGGACGAUCUGACCAAAAAGGAAGAGCUAUUCUUUGCAACACAGGCAGCGCUGAAAAAUUUCCUCGAUGCUGACCGCAUACUGACCGCGCUAAUCAUCACACCAAGCAAGCCAACUCUUCAGACAACGGAGCAGUCUAUCAAUCACAUCAUCAUGCUCAAGCAGUUCAUAAACUCCGUACGACCUGUCUUCGAAGCCCUUACUGGAACUCAGUCUGUAAUGCUGAAUAACAUUCGCGAGAUUUGUGCACCAGAGAACGUCGCGCCUGUGCAAGAGUUGAUCGAUCACGUCAUCAACGAAGACACCACGUACGCAAGGCAGCCUCUCGAACUGAGGAAUCAGCGCACAUAUGCCAUAAAAUCAGGGGUCAAUGGUCUACUUGACGUUGCGCGUACUACUUAUAAGGAAGCCACCGAAGAUGCGUAUCAACACUCAAAUGAGCUCAGUCAGGAGCACGAUAUUCGACUCGACCUCAAAUAUGACACAGCGCGCCAGUUCUACAUGAGAAUUGCAACGUCCGAGUUGGAAGGCAAAGUACUACCUCCAGUAUUCACCAACGUGAUUCGUCGCAAGAAGAAUAUCGAGUGCCAGACACUAGAGCUCAUGAAGCGUAACCAGAAAGCACGUGGUUAUAUUGCUGUUUCGCACCAAGAAGUCAUUCUCAUGAGCGAUGAAGCAGUUGAGGCUCUUGUCGACAAGGUCCGUAGUCAUAUGUCCAUCAUGUUCAAAAUCUGCGAAGCAGUAGCGAUGCUAGAUAUGGUUACGGCAUUCGCGCAUUUGGUUACAGUAAACAAAUAUACUCAGCCACGACUUACUGAUACGCUAGCUAUCGAAGCGGGACGACACCCGGUCAAGGAGAAGAUCAUGCAGAGUAAAUUCGUCCCAAACGAUGUUUACGCCACGCAACAGACAAGGUUUCAGAUAGUCACUGGUUGCAAUAUGAGUGGAAAAAGCACCUACAUAAGAUCGGUCGCCCUAAUGACUAUCAUGGCUCAGAUCGGCUCUUACGUCCCUGCCAAUUACGGCUCGUUUCCCAUUCUGCACCAGUUAUUUGCUAUAUUGGGCAUGGAUGAUAAUAUCGAAACCAAUGUAUCUACAUUUGCCGCAGAGAUGAAAGAGAUCGCUUUCAUCCUACGUAAUGUUGACCGGCGUAGCUUGGUCUUGGUUGAUGAAUUGGGUCGUGGUACCAGCACUAGAGAUGGCUUAGCUAUCGCCUUAGCCAUCGCGGAAGCCCUUGUUUCGAGCCGAGCUCUGGUAUGGUUUGCGACUCACUUCAAGGACCUUGCAAUAAUCAUGGGUGGUCGUGUCGGAGUCCAGAACCUGCAUUUGGCGGUAGAAAUGGAAGACCCACAGAGCAUGACAAUGCUUUACAAAACGACUCAGGGGAUUGUGCAGGAGGUACAUUAUGGUCUAACGCUUGCGCGCGUCGUCCCACUUCCACCUGGGAUUGUGGAGCAUGCCACCUUAGUUGCGCAGAAGGUCGAGCGACAUAUGCUGCAAAGGAAGAAAGCAUCCGGGACUGUGCUCAGAGAAAAGCGGCGUAAACUCGUCCUAAAUCUCAAAGAACAUCUCAUUCAAGCGCACACAGGGGUGUUAGAAGGUGAAGUUCUUACUGCUUGGCUCAAGGAACUGCAAAAUGAGUUUGUCAGUCGUAUGACUGCCCUCGCAGCCGAAGCUGCAAGCACAGAUCAGGAAAGCCAGGAUGAAGAUGAAGAGAUGAUGAACAGGAACGACGAGGACGAAGACGAACGACCUGACACGUACGCCAGCCCGUCAGUCAUUUCGAUCGACUCGGGUGUGAGCUCAACACAAUCUAAUUCUACCAUUCGAGCCAUGUCAGAAGCCUCUACCUUGAGAGCGGUCUCUAGCAAUGAGCGCUAG